AUGAACAACCAGCUGUACGCUCAAUCGGGUGCAUAUGCCCAACAAGGUCUGUCUCAGAGGACAUUGGAUACUCUCGAUGAGCCUGUAUCGGAAACAUUGUUGAGAGAUUUACGUGCCAUCAGAAACAAACUGAUGCAGGUUUUGAUACCAAGAGGAAACAAGGACUUGUUGCGUGAUUGGGACUUGUGGGGCCCAUUACUCUUAUGUCUGACUCUCGCAAUACGGCUGGGCAUCACAGCACCAGCAGAUCAAUCAGCAAUAGUAUUCACCUCCAUAUUCGUCAUCAUAUGGUUUGGUGCUGCUGUCGUAUCAGUCAAUUCAAACUUGCUUGGCGGAAAAGUGUCCUUUUAUCAAAGCAUCUGCGUGCUAGGAUAUUGCAUCUUCCCACUCGUCUUGACAUCCAUCAUAUCCCUCUUUGUGCCAUAUGUUAUCUUUAGAUUCGUGUUUGUUGGGAUUGCUUUUACGUGGUCGACUUAUGCAUCUGUUGGGUUUCUGGAUAAUGUCCAGUUGAACAAUCGACGGAUUCUUGCUGUAUAUCCUAUAUUCUUGUUCUAUUUCAUCAUUGCUUGGAUGGUUCUGAUAUCCAAGUCGUUAUUCGGUUGA